AUGGAGAAGGCGAUCGAGGCUGGCGAAAAGCCUGCGGGCAACGUCGAGCAUCAUGAGGAUAUGGGAGUGACACCACACGACGUCCCCGAGAACUUCACUGCUCUGGUCGAAGACAUUUCGUACGGUCCGGGCGGAAUCCGUGGCAUUAUCGCGUCUCCGUUCGUCUUUGGUGCCGCAUUCCUUGCCUCUCUCGGCGGAUUCUCAUUCGGUUAUGAUCAGGGUGUCAUUUCCAUCAUCAACGUCAUGGAUCAGUUCUUGGACCAGUAUCCAGAGCUGAAAGGAGGCGGCUUUUGGACUGGCUUCAUGACAGCUAUGCUAGAACUUGGUGCAUUCCUCGGCUGUUUCUUCAUGCCUUGGUUGGCCGAUAAGAUUAGCCGCAAGUGGGCACUCAGUGUCGUCGUCAUCAUCUUCUGCAUCGGCGCCAUUAUCCAAACUGCAGCUCCUAACUACGGAACCCUCGUUUUUGGGCGCUUCUUUGGAGGCAUCGGCGUUGGAACACUCGCAUUGGGCGCCCCGCUGUACAUUUCAGAGAUCGCUCCGCCGCAUCUGCGUGGCGCUCUACUGGUGCUCGAGUCCGUGUCAAUCGUACUUGGCGCUGUCGUGGCAUACUGGAUAACGUAUGCUACGAGGCACCUGGAAGGAGACAUUGCCUUCCGCCUGCCGUUCGGCCUUCAGAUGGUCUGCGCCGUUUUCCUCGGCACUUGCAUUCACUUUUUCCCUUACAGCCCGCGCUGGCUGGGUCUUGUUGGUCGUGAGGCGGAAUGUCUGCAAAGUCUGUCCAAGCUGCGGCGUCUUCCACCGACCGACUGGCGCAUCAAGGCUGAAUUCCAAGCCAUCAUCACUGAAGUCGAGUUUCAGAAGAAGAUGCUGGACAGACGCCAUCCGGGCGUGACCGGCUUCAAGCUUGAGAUCGCGACCUGGCUGGACCUUUUCAAGAGCCGCAGGCGUGUCGCCAUCGGCGUAGGCGUCGCAUUCUUCCAGCAGUUCUCCGGUAUCAAUGGCUUCAUCUACUACGCGCCUCUUCUCUUCCGCAGUCUCGGUCAGGACAGCGAGAUGUCGCUGAUCCUGUCUGGCAUGAUCAACAUCGGCCAGCUCGUCGCCGUCGUGCUUUGCUUCUUCAUCAUCGACCACGUUGGUCGCCGUCCGUUAGCUAUCUGGGGCGCCAUCGGCAUGGCGGUACCGUACAUUAUUAUGAGCGCUCUUGUUGGCGAGUUCUCGCACGACUGGCCCGGCCACUCGGCCGCCGGGUGGGUUACCUGCGGCUUCGCCUACGUCUACAUCAUCGCAUACGGCGUCUCGUAUUCGCCUCUCGCAUGGGCGCUUCCGGCCGAGGUCUUUUCGAAUAGCACUCGCGCAAAGGGUGUUGCACUGUCGACGGCGACGGUAUGGCUGUGCAACUUCAUCAUUGGCGUUAUCGUGCCUGUUAUGAUUGAGAACGCCGGGUACGGCACCUACGUCUUCUUCGCCAUCAUGUGCAUCCUGGCCGCCAUCUGGGCUUUCUUUCUCGUCCCGGAAACCAAGGGCAAGACGCUCGAGGAGAUGGACGAUGUGUUUGGCGAUAGCACGGCGCACGAGGAACGCGAGGUCAUGGCUGAAGUUUUGAGGAAUGGCGAGACGCGAACGGCUGACGCCGUGAUCAAUGAGAAGGUGGCCCAGACGGUGGCGGCUUGA